AUGUCGCAGAGGAUUAGGCGAGCUUCUCAACCACAAGGGGGAAAAGCAACCUUGCCACCGUUAGAGUGCCCCUCCGCUGCGGGCGCAGUCCCCCUAAGAUCAACCCUAACCAUUACAAACUCUAGCACUUUGGCUACACGUGAUCUAGCUGCUAUGUCAUUGCUGAGUAGAUAUGGGAGAUGGACAUUGAAUAUUUAUGUGGUUUUGCAAGGGGUGUGA